GCACCAGUUCGAGAGACAUCUAUCAAGUGGACGAGGCUGGUUGAUAAUGCGUCCAAAACUCAAAAAUUCAUAUUACAUUCCACUUACUCGUACCGCGUAAUCUGGUGAUAAGCAUUUUUUGACAGCGUUGAUAACGGUUCCGAUCCGUUUCGAUCGAUCUUGCGGCUUGUUUUUAUUUUGCAAAAUGUAGGGUUGGUAACCCGUUUUUUAGCCACGACGUGGAACAUUUAUUUUGGAUCCAUGUGUCAAAAUGGGAAGGAGACUAUAUUUGUUAUCCUUCGCUAAGACCUGCCAGCCUCAUUUCCACAAGAUAUCCACCACCUGUGCACAAGAACUAAGUAAUUUUUAAACAACGUAACUGAAAUCACAAGAAGUACUAUUCACUGAUUGUGGGCAACGAAACUAAAAGUGAGAAAUUACAAGUAACAAAGACAAAGAAAAACGUUUAUCGAACUAGUAAAUGUCAAGGUGGUGGAUUCAGUAAAAUUGAAACAUUAAAGGACAAUAAUAUAAUACCGUAACUCUAUUGUAAAUAGGAGAGAAGAUGAUCACCCUGGAGGUAGUGGAAUCCGUGAAAGUUCCUGGGUCUAGGAGGAGCUUAAUUAAAAAGAAAUGAGGAAUCCGGCAUUGCAUCUGGUCGGGAUAGCGACGUCCCCUGGAGGUGGUGAAGUGUUUGGUACAAGGGCCGAGGAGGAGUUGCGUCAGUGGCUAGAGACACGCUUGGACGCAUUGGGAAUUGACCCCGUUGCGUACUCGCGAUUUGUACUUAGCCUGCUACGCCGCCCCGACUCGGCCCUAAGCCCUCCAGAAGAAGCAAUAGGUACAGGUAGAAACGGAGGACGUCGGAUUCGGGCCCGACCUAAAGCUAAGCUGCCAACGCAAGGAGACAGAGAACAAAGACGUGCUGUUGUGCAAUGCCUGACAAGUGCUGCCGAUAAUAAAUGUGGGGUGGAAACUUUGGUCGAUGAAUUGUGCAUGAAAUUACGAGAUUUAGAAGGAGGUGGUUCAGAUGAAGCGAAAGAAGAAUCGAAGAGCACAGAUGACGAUAAUAAAACAAAUUUAGAAUCGCUUACACCCCGUGACAGAGCUCUCAGAUACUACGCAGCAUUUCCUGCUUUGCAACCUGCAACUCUUAAGAAGUUUCCCCAGAAAAAAGAUAGAAACUGUGGAAAUAAUAACAACAACAACAAUAACUUUAAUAACAACAACAACAAAAUCAACGGGGUCAACUAUAAUAAUAAUAAGAAUAACAAUAAAUCACGCAAUAAGAAAACUAAAAUGUCCAUUACUAUUGACUCACGAAGAUCAGACGAUAAAGGGAGCUUUGGGUUUGCUAAGUCAAUGGAACGCGAACGGGAAAAAGAGCGGGAAUUAGAAUUGGAUAAACUGAGAUUGGCACAGUUGCAAGCGAAGUUUGACGAGAGCUUAGAAGCACUUUGGGAUUCAGGACCAGGCAAUGCACAGGACACGGCUUCUAUUUGGGCAGCACCUACUCUUUCUAUUCCUUCAGGACCCCUUUGGCCGACAGACACUACCGAGACAAUCUUUACUUUAUCCACCUCAGACAAUGGUUAUGCUUCUGACACUCCGUACCAGGAAUCUAUUGUCGACGACUCACCGCUCAUUCCAUGGGAUAUUGAUUUGAUCAGCAUUGAAGAUUAUGCGGAUGAAUGUAGUAACAAAAAUAAAUCAGAAAGCAAUGUUAACUGGUCUGACUCAGCUAUGGAUGGAUCAUGGUGUUGGAAAGGGCUUGGCAGUAAUUUAGCUGCCUUGGGCCACAGUCCUCAGACAGGUAGCUGCUUCUUUCCAGUCGCACCGCGUAAGACUCCCAUUGGAACACGCAAAGAAUCUCGUUCAAACCUGAAGGUAAACAGCCUUCCAGAACCGGACGAGGAUUUGCUUACUUCCGCUCGCACACACUUUCGUCCAAUAAAGGAUGACGGACAGUGGGCCGAUGGGACAACAUUUCCUGUGAACAAUACUUUAGAGCGGGUCGCAUAUCGCAGAUCUGAGUCAGGAAACUUGUUAUAUCUUCCUGGUGGAGAGAGCCCUUAUAUGGAGUAUCGAGAGAAUGACUCGCCGCUUCCUCCAGUAUCUUCGAAUUUAACAUUGAAAUUCAGGGUGCGUCAAUGCGACAAGUGCGUUCAAACCGAGCCCAUACGAUCUCCGGUCAAACGCAGAAUUCUCUCCGAACAGGAUCAUGUUCGUUAUACUCCAGUCGGAGUGGAAGAUACUGUUAUUCGCGAAGAGGAAAAAAUCGAGAAAGAUUGCUAUGCAUUGGGUCAGCUGGGCUGGGUACGAUCUAAUGUACCUCUGCACAAUGAUAGGAAAAGAAGGCACAGUAGCAGCUUCGGAUGCCAGCCUCUGACGACUUUGCGUCCGUUGACCUUAUGAACUGGAUAAAAUACGAGCUGCUAAAAAUGCUAUAUGACUGGAGAGUUUAAGGUUUAGCUAUACUUUUUUUUCCAAGACGAAGACGAAAACUGUUAAAGAGAAGGUAUGACAGGGGGGCCUCUUGGCAUGUGGAAUUUGUUAUGCAUGUAUCCAAGAUGGUGCCGUUAUAUACACAUAUAUAGAGAAAAAAAAAAACAAAAAAAGAAAAAAUAAGUAUCCCCCAUUGUCGACGAGCAGAGUUGAAAAAAAUAAAAAGGUCAGAAAGAGAGUGAAGCGAGAUGAAAGGAAUAUUAAACGUUCAUUUAGAUAAUUAUUAUUAACCCUUUGACAAAUAAAAGAAAAAAAAGAAACGGAGCAAAAUAGAGGAAAAAUGUAUAUGUUACGCAGUGUUUAAUGACGAAAGCGAGAGAGGGAGAGAGAGAGCGCACGAGAGAUAGAGAGAGAAAGAAAAAAAAAAUAUCGAAAACGUAGUCAAUGA